AUGGACGCCCCUAUGAUGUUAAAAGUGGCACUCGUGCUGACUAUAUGUGCAUUGGUAUUCCAAAUCAUCGGUCUGGCAAGCCCGUAUUGGGUCUACAUGGAAUUUAGAACUGGCAAGUUCUUUUCCGGUUUGUGGAAGGAAUGCACAGAAUUAAAGGAAGCAACAUGUACAGAUACAAAAGAUGAUAAAGAAGACUGGUUUAAAGCUGUACAAGCUAUGAGCAUUCUGGGGUUUCUUGUGUUGAUUGUCGCUGUUGUCAUGACUGUUCUGAAACUUUUCGUCAUGAAAGACAAUAAGCCUGUCCUGUUCGCCGGUAUAGGAACAUCAUUUGCUGGAGGAACAAACAUCUAUAGAACCCAUUUGAGGAUCUUCAUUUUGAUAGCAGUAGCAGUCUAUGCAGCGAAAAUGAAUGACCUUCUCACUAUUGAUUUUGACUAUCAUUUUGCGUUUGCCUUCAGUAUCAUUGCAAUGAUAACGGCAUUUGCAGCAGGAGGUGUGAUGCUAGUCGGAAUAAUGAAAGAAUGAAUGUCAAAAACAUUUAAGGAAUUUUUAAAUACAUGUGUAUUUAAGAUAAGACUACAUUAGAAUCUUUAGUGCUUUCCAGUAUUUUUUUUUAUUUAAAAGGAUCAAAACUUUCAUUUUUAUUCAUAAGAGACGCUUAAAUUAAAAAUGUCAUUAUUAAAAGGACCUAGACACGAUUUGAGCUAAAGAAUUUCAAUUUUUUUUAUUCAUUCUUAGAGACCAGAA